AAAAAAUGAUUGGCUAACAGCUGUCACUGUCAGUGUCAUAUUGUCGACGCUAUCUAAUCUGUGAAUUCUAGCGUUUUUAGAGGAAUAUCUCAUUUUACAUAGGUAUUUCUCCUUAAUAAUUACAGUAUUUAACAUAUUCAGCCUUAUUUAUAAUUGAACAUCAACUUGUCCUACGCGUCCUACUUAAUAAAUUUCAUUUAAACUUGCGCAUUCCCUAAUGGCUUUUAUCAAAAAAGAGUUUGAACAUGCAAUGCCUAUGAAACUGGAAGAAGUAUUCAUAAAAACAGAGCCUGAGUGGGACGAGGCACCGGAGAUGCGUAUGGAGGAAGAGAUCAGAAUGGUGCUGGAGCCAGAGGUCCAAAUCAAACUCGAGCUUCAGGAGGUUGAAGUGAAGGUAGAGUCUUUGCAAGAUGAUCAGGCACCUGAUCAGGUAAAUAGGGAAACAGGUUGGUCGCCACGUGUCACGCGAAGUGCCCUCAGAGAAGACCAACACGUAAUAAAUAACCCUCUAUCCGAAGACCAUACGAAAAAAUCAAAGAAACGUAAAUCUAGACGCAAAAUAAUCUCGUGCGACGUUUGCAAAAGACAGUUUCCAAAAACGGCGCUUCUGAAACGACAUCAAAGAACACACACUGGUGAGAAACCGUACUCGUGUGAGGUAUGCAAAAAACAGUUCGCCCAUCUUUUCGCGUUUAACAGGCAUAGUCGCAUACACACUGGUGAAAAACCACACACCUGCGAUAUAUGCCAUAAACAGUUUACAGAAUUACAUAAUUUGGUAACACAUAAACGAAUACACACUGGUGAGAGGCCGUAUGUCUGUAACGUAUGCCGAAAACCUUUUAUAAAAAGCACCGAUUUAAAUAAGCAUAAAAGAGUCCACACUGGUGAAAAGCCGUUCGCUUGCGAGAUAUGUACGAAGCAGUUUUCGUCAAGCGGUAAUUUGACUAAGCACAUAAGAACACAUACGGGAGAGAAGCGACAUUGCUGCAAGAAAUGUGAUAAGCAAUUUACGAAGAGAAUAUAUCUGGAAAAACAUACGCUGCUACACAAUGAGGAAAAGCUAUAGCCGGGCGCAUCUAUUACAACUUCAGCUCUUGCGAGCUGCUGACUGGAUGAUUCGGCGUCUAAGUGCGCCCACAUGAGAACAUUGUACUGCUAAGUUAGUCCACCGAGAACAAAGUAACUCAAAAAGGAAAAAUGUGUGAAGUAAAUAAAAUUGCAAAACAAUGAAGCCAGUUCCUUGUAAAGUACCUAUACAAGCGAACAUUGAGUAACAGGGGAGAGAAAACAUACAGUUGUGAUAUAUGCAAUAUGAGAUUGACUUGCAAUGCUUUCAACGCACUUUAAAGAACUCAUAUGAGAUUUAAGAGAUUAUGGGUGUCAAAUUUCAUUAAAUUCGCUAUUAUUGGGGUUCAAAUAAUUUACUUAAGGCUAAAACUGAAGGCAUAAAAUCUGUUUUCGCAUCACAUUAUUUGGCCCUAAUGAUUUCUCUAGUUUAUCAUAGUAAAUUUGUGUUCCAUGUCAUCGGUGUAUUAAAUGCCAACCUACCGAUUAACUAUUACAAGUGUUGGAAACUUUCUCAUGAUAUGUUGCUAUACAAAUUUUUACAGAAUUCUUCAGUGUAAUUUGUAAAUUAUAGAAUCUAGUCAAUUUUG